GGAUUUUACUUAAUGCUAAAACAUUGGUCACACCCCUACAGUACAUUUAUGUAUUGUUGAUAGCUAUUAUUUGAUUUGAAUUAAAUUAGUUACAGGGCCCUACAUUCAUUGUUGAGGUUCAUUGUUUUGUAGCACAGGCCACAAUCGUAGCACGAGUAUAAAAUGUCUGUUUCUGUCCCUAAAAACAAGCAGUGCCAUUAAUCACUUAAACCGGUAUGUGACUGGCAAAGGACACGAUUGUUGAAUACAGGGCACACAAAAUACAAACCUUGAUAAGAAAUGUUUUCAAGGACAUAACUGUACACAACAAAUCAAUAUGUUACUGUGGUGGUAGUUUUCCUGAUCUGGUGCAUAAACGGAUUGAGGUAAUGGAAAACUACUGAGUCCCUGUGUUCGGACAAGUUAGAGCAACGAUAGAUGUGUAGAUAGUGUCAUGAAUGUGGGAGAGGGGAUCUGAUGGUCUAUGUUUGUGGUAGUCGUUAUUGAAUGGUAUCAGUAGAUCAUUAGGCCCUCUGUCAAUCUGUUAAAAUCUGUUAAAGGUAUGUGGCCCUUCUGAGUUGAAAUGGCUGCCUACACUGUCCCUUAGUCCCUUGGGGAAAGAAGGGGCAACACUUUAUUUUUUAACCUGAUGACACUAAUCAGUGCUGAUGAUUCUUUGUGGAAAUAGUCCAUCCUGUGUGAUGAAUGUCUUGGGACAAAAUAUAUUUCCCCACAAUUCAGUCACAGCAACAUUGCAUUAAUUAUGAUUACAAUGUAUUCAUGUUUGAUUGCUUGUGCCUAGUUAUUAGCGAGUUGUGCAUCAUCAAUGCUUUGAAAGUCUGGCAUUUCAUAACAUUUUUACCUUGAAGGCUAUCACAUUUUCACAACACUUUUACCUUGAAGGCAAUCACAUGAGAAAGCGGUUUAAACAUCCCUAGGGGUCUUUUUAUGCCUCACUUAACCGGUUUGCCCCAGAUUUCACAACACUUUAUCCUCAAUGACUCACUUCCAGAACAUGGCUUUAAAACGCACUCUCCUCACAAUGGAAGACACAGCUUCUCCCUUCCUAAACUCGGACUGACAAAGAGACGACGACAUAACUACAUUAUAGUUCACAACAUUAGUUACCAGCAAGAUAGUAUUAGACUUUAUCAGAGGUCUUGUAGAUUUAUUUUACUGCAACUCCACGAUGAAGACAAGCAUCAGAAUGUUGGCCAGUCUUGUUGCAUUGGUUCUGUUCUGCCUGACCAUCACUGAGGGGAUGAGUCUUAGCGGAAUCUCGGUUGAGCCACGAUGUCGCUGCAUUAAGACAGAGAGCAGGCGUGUUGGUAAUUUAAUUGCAAAGGUGGAGAUUUUCCCACCCAGCCCACACUGCAAAGACACUGAGAUCAUAGCCACUCUAAAGACCCACGAGGAUAUUUGUCUGGAUCCCAAUGCUCCCUGGGUCAAAAGAUUCAUUGAUAAGCUGCUGGCCAAAAAAAACUGAAGAGAUUGAUUGAGAUUCAUACCAACUAUUGAACUAUUCUGAACUUCAUCAAGAUACAAACCAAAUAACUAUUUAUUCAUUUUAUGAACUAAAAUAUUCUUUUCUGAAAUAAGAGACAGCCAGUUUCUUAUAUUGAAUAGGUACUAUGUACUAAAGAGAUAUUUUCUUACUAUUUAUUGAUAGUGCUUGACAGUGCUUUCGUUGUUAAUUAUUAUGACAUUUACAUGUGUAUUUGAUCUAUCAAAAUAUUUCCUGGAAAGCAAUAUAAUCCUCUGCCUAUUUAUUGAUGUAUUUAUGUGUUACCUAUUUAUGUUCUAUGUCUGAUACCUAUGUUCAACUGUUCAUUUUGAAGCAACGACUAUUUAAAAGUAAACAUGUGAAAGAAAACACAUUGAAAUCUGAAUGUAUUUUUUACUCCUCUAAACCUCUUUCAUUCUUGUGUAUAUAACCAGCCCUUAGAUUUGUUAGAACGUAUAUCUUGGCACAGUGUGGGUCCCCAACAUUAUUUAUUUUGUGAAAAUGAUGACCUAAAUUAGAUACAUUUGACUCAUUUUAAACUAUUUUCCUAUAUUUUGUCAUGCAAAAUGGUUUGAAAAUAUGUGCACAAAUUAAUUAUAAUUUCAAUUAUCAUGCUAUUAUAACACCAGCAUUACUAGGGAAGAUGGUUUAAGCCUGGCCAAACAUUUCUGCCGUAAUUUCUCUCUUUUAAUGCUCCUUGAUUUUUUAAACAAAUAGCUGGAGGCAAGGCUUUGUCCCAUAGAGUUCCAUUAUUGUGGAAUGUCAUAACAAUCCAAUUGAGAGACGCAGGACCACUCCCUACCUUAAAUCUUUGCUGAAUACCCAUCUCUUCAGUACGGUCUAUGUCACAGUGGUCAGCAACCAAAGGCACACAAGUGUAUUUGCUUUGUCACGCCAAGGUCUUGCAUAAAAAAUACAAAAUAUGAAUGUCAUUAUAAUUGCUUAGCUUGUCAAGUUUAUUAUUUUAUUUUAAUUGUUCACACUGCUGCCAAGGCUUCUUUCAUUAUUGCAUUUUAGAAAUCCUUUGCCAAAAUGGCAUCAGAUAGAUAAUUUUUUUUCUACAUUUUUAAAUAAGACAUGAGAAAAACUUCAUGGGUGAGGCAAAAAGGGCUGACAAAAUCACAAGAAC